AUGGAGGACUCAAGCCUCUUCAUGCAGUGGGCGAUGGACACGCUGCUGCAGGAGGAGGAGCCUGCGGUCGACGACGUGCACUGGGCGACGGACACGCUGCUGCAGGAGGAGGAGCCUGCGGCGGUCGACGACGGCGAGGCAGUAGUCUUCCCCUCGCUCCAAGCGCUCCGCGACGCCUCCCACGCGUCGGAGAUGGUGCGGGAGCAGAUGGCCGUGGCCGCCGCCGAAACCCACGACGCGGCGGCAAACAGCUUGUCGAGCGGCGGUUCCGGCGACGGCGGCGAGGUCACGGACGGCGGGAGCAGCGGGGCCACCGACCCUGCACCCCCGCGGGCUGCUGCCGCCACGGAUUACUACGGCGGAUCCUGGCCGCCACAGUCGCCGAACUCGUCGUUCGCGCGCGCGCCAGCGCCAGCGCCGCCGAGCAGCAACAGCAACAGCAACACCAGCCUGCCGACGGUGAGCUGGAACUUCGUCACCGGCUCAGCGAAGCCUGGCAGCGAGGGCGUGCUGGAGGAAGCCGCCGUCCCGGCACGCAGCUUGCCGCCGCCGGAGCUGGCUCAACGCCGCUGGUUGUCACCGCCGACGCCGAGAAGAGUCCACCCAAUACGCGGCAUGGGAGCCCCAUCGUCGAUGUUGUGCACGCCGGACCACGUCGUCGCGGAGCGCAAGCGCCGGGAGAAGAUCAACAAGCGCUUGAUCGAGCUCUCCACCGUCAUCCCAGGCCUCAAGAAGAUGGACAAGGCGACGAUCCUCUCCGACGCGGCCAAGUACGUGAAGGAGCUCCAGCAGCGGCUCAAGGCCCUGGAAGAGGCUGCCGCCGGCAGCAUCAGGAGCAAAGCUCCGCCGCCGGCGGACGAGAAUGGCGGCUCCGGGUCGCCGACGUCGGCAUCCUCCUCGUCGGGGCCACCCGCACUUCCAGAGAUCGAGGCACGGUUCUCGGAGAGGAGUGUGAUGGUGAGGAUCCAUUGCGGCGGCGGCAAAGGGGUUGCGGCGGCAGCGGUCGCCGUGGUCGAGGGCCUCGGGCUCACCAUCGUCCAUGCCAAUGUCAUGCCCUUCUCGGCUUGCACUAUCACCAUAACCAUCACAGCAGAGAUGGAGGGCCCCCGCCUCAGCUUGACAACGGAGCAGAUUGCUGGCAAGCUCAAGUCUGCAUUAUCACACCAGCGUAGCAUCAGCUGCAAAGAUACCCAAGAGACAGAAAAUUGA